AUUUUUUAAUAAUGUACUUGAGGAGCUGCGCUCUGAUUGCCAGCUAGUUACGUCAAGCAAAAAAGCAAAAGCUUGGAAACACAAUAAGAGUCUUAAUAUAUUUAUAGAUUGUUUUAAUAUGAAAAUAAAAUUAGAUGCUCAAAUCUUUAUGGAUGCUCUGGUGAUAAUACAUUUACACCUUGUCAACAGCUCGAAGCGUUCUGCAUUUUCUUUCUGUGUGUUUGAGUCUUUAUUUAUUCCCAGUACUGUGUGUUAGUGGGAUGUGUGAGCUGUUUUACUAUAAAAAUAAACUAUUGCAAUUGUAUGUGUAAAUGUAACUUUUAUUACUUGUUUCACACAGCAAGCAUGGCAGAUCUUCAGAACAUUUCUGGGGGUAAAGCAGAGUUGCAGCCUGAAGCCAUAACUGAUAUUGGUGUGCUGGCAUCCAAGAAAGAACCUCCAGCAGGCUACUAUAUUGUUGCACAAACAACAGAUGGCUUCGACGCCAACCUGUGGAAGGACAGCAUAUUUAAAUCCAAGGUCACACGCUAUCUUUGCUUCACCCGGGCUGCCACCUCCAAAAAUAAGCAAUUAUGCAACGUGGUCGUGGACGUGAAGUUGAUCGACUUGAAGGACUGUUUGCCAGAGGGCUUCACUCCUAUACAAGACACCACGGAUACCCAGGAGCAGGCUUUGAGGAAGGAGAGACUGUGUGUGAAGUUGGUCCCCAGGCACUGCGCUGAUAUGGCUAUAUGCAAUAUGGUUGUACAGGGGAAAUCAAAGCACAGCCUCACUAAUUAUACAUUUAUAGGUGAGCUGAAUGGUUUGGGGAUUUGGUAUCAGCUGGGAAAAGUCAUUAAGUCGCAGGAUACAGUGCUUAAAACCUCCUCUACCGCUGGUGUUGCCAGGUAAGACCCUUCACUAUGAAUAAAUGUACUAUAUUUCAUGUUUUAAUAGGAUACUCCUUAACACAGAAUGAGAAAU